GGUUACGAAAGAAGGACGCGACUGAAAUAUUUGUGGUGUUCGGAACGCAACAGAGUUGAACAUUUUGAUACGUUAAAAAUACACACGUUGAAAAUUCAAAUUGAACUUGUAUUUAUUUUGCAUUUUGUUUAUUAUUUUGGGUUUUUCAUUGUGAAAUGGAUUAUACAAUGCGACGACAAAAAUUCGCGAUUCAUGACAAACAAAAAAGUAUUGAAUAAUUGAUGAGAUUAUUGAGUCAAUGAAUAAUUAAGUGGGAAAGUAUGCAAAAAUUGAAAAUUCUGUUUUGAUUUUCCGGCUCGUUUUGUUCGUAUUUUUUGUUUUGUUGCGAUUUGUUUGUGUCAUUCGUUGGAAAUAUUAUUGUUCCUUAGCGAUUUAUUAAAAAUGUAUUUUCAUCAAAGUAUUUAUUUGUGGCUGUCCAUUAUGUCGGUGGUUUGUGCAACCGCAAUCAGUGAUGGAAAUAAAUUUAAAGAGAAUGUAGUGCUACGUGACGAGGAUAAUGUUUUAUUGGAUAAAACAGUCGAAACGGAAAAUGAUGCACUCUCAUUGGAGGAUCAAGUGCAUCUGUUGAAAAAUCAGAUGAGUGCACUCAUGAAUCAGAGACGUGAGGAUUAUAAAAUGCUCGAAAAUAGUUUAAAGAAAACGAUGAAAAAGAACUCGAUGCAGCUAGCUGAUUUGGAUCUGAAGGCGGAGGUGAUUCAAUUAAGACAAGAAAUCAAAUCCAUCCGAAAGGCAUCAAGUAGCAACAAAGAACGCCUUACCGUCGAGUGGUUAUCUGAAUCAAUAACAGAAUUACGUACCGAAUUAUCGGAGCUCCAAGAAGCUUCCAGUAAUGCUUCCCGAAACUCUAAUCGACCUAGCAUCGUACAAGAGGAUUUGGUCGAAUUACGAAAUGAUUUCACUAAAUUGAAACUGGAAAUCGAGGCGAUAAAGCUUCGACAAGAAUCGACCGAACGGCUUGUUAAGGAAUUGCAAUCCGAAGCGGUGCAGCGAGACGAAGAUUUAAGAAAGUCAAGCAAAUUUACAUCCAAGGACGGUGAUUUAUCAGAAAUUCGCCCGGAGGCAGACCAUCGAAUGCGACAUAAGCGUUUCCUGCGACAGCAAUUGCACGAUAUUGAUGCAACGGAGAAAUACUUGAAACGACAGCUCAACGAAUUGCAACACCAUCACAUUGGAGAACGAUUAAGAAAUUUGGAAACGGAACAUCAUCGGCUGGCGAACGCCAAUUUUAAUUUAAGCAGACAAGUAACGAGUCUUGAAAAGUUGCAUGGAUCAAUGCUUGAACUGUUGGAGGACAUUGAAAGCAUACAAAAUAAGCUAGACAAAACCAUUCCCGACAUCAAACGGGAAAUAUCAAAAGUUGAAUUUAAUGCCGCCCAAUUAUCGUCCGAACAAAGUUUAUUACGUGAGGAGGGCCAUAAUGCUGUUAAGAGUAUACAGGCAAUGGCAGUUAGUAUUAGUACACUGCAAGAUGAACGGGAAGAGGCAAAACAAUUUUACAAAAUUGUUGAACAAUUGCAGCAAGACGUUCAAAAAAUGAAAUCAGCAUCGAGUGCACAUCAAGAUUAUUUCCACGGACGUAUUGAGAAGAUUGAAGCCGAUUCAAAACACAAUUCAACAUCCCAAUCACGAACGGUUGAAGAAUUACAAAUGGCAACAAACCUCAUAAAGCAAUUAGAGACUGUGGAACUUCAAUAUGAAUCGAUUGUAAAUAAAUUGCCAAAUGACUGUUCAGAAGUGCAAUCGAAUUCAGAUGGUCUAUAUUUAAUUGCACCAGCUGCUCAGCAGCGACCAAUUAUGACACAUUGCAGCGGUCAAUGGAUGACGAUUCAGCGACGAUUCGAUGGUAGUGUUGAUUUUAACCGGUCAUGGGAUGAGUACGCUCAAGGAUUCGGUAGACCGUCUGGGGAAUUUUACAUUGGUAAUGAUGUUCUGCAUCAUUUAACCGGCGACAAUUGCAGUUCGUUGAAAAUUCUAAUGGAAGACAUUUACGAUAACAUUUGGAUGGCCGAAUAUAACGUAUUUUCCGUAGCGUCACGCGAAAAUGGAUAUCGAUUGACCAUUGCCGGUUACAAGGGAAAUGCUUCGGAUGCAUUCGAUUAUCAAAAUAACAUGGAAUUUUCGGCUAUUGAUGUUGACCGAGACAUAUCAAAUACACAUUGUGCUGGCAAUUAUGAAGGUGGCUGGUGGUUUUCACAUUGCCAGCAUGCUAAUCUCAACGGACGUUACAAUUUGGGUCUGACUUGGUUCGAUUCAUCUCGGAAUGAAUGGAUUGCGGUCAAAAGUAGUCAUAUGAUGGUUACCAGACGACAUGAAUGUUCAACUGUGAUCCCAACACCGGAAAAUGAUGUCACCACAAAAACAACAACCGACAAAGUUUGAAGUUGUGUUAGCUUCACAAGCGGCACACAUUUGCUUCGUAUUGAAUGUGAAAUGGAAAUAUAAACAUUUUGUUGAUGAGCGUCGUAUUAUACCGUCACAACAUACACAGAUCUAUAUACAGAAUAAUGCAAUGUAUAGAUGCGAACGAAGAUGAUGAUGGUAUAUAUACAAAGUUUGUUUUUGUGAAAGAAGGUAUUAUAUGGUUUGAAGUUGGAGUAUCUUUACAAAGUUUUAUUCAUCCUUUGCUAGAGAGACAAUUUCGAAAAACAUAUAUUUACGUUAGGUUAUGAUUAUGAGUUCUUUGAAAAUGGGGGGUUAGUUUUAAUGAGUUUGCGAAAUUAUAAGUACAUCCAUUGUACCACUCCAUAUAUAUACAUCAUAUACGUAUAAUAUAACAAACUAACGUUGACGGUUUUCUUGUGCGGUAAGCCGCAGGAAAUCAUUUCAAUUUCUUCGUCUAAUCGUGAGGAUAAUUUGUAAUUUCUUUUAUAUUCGUUCAAACACAACACACACACAAGUAUAGCGUUCGAGUUCGUCGGUUCAUCAGAAAAUGAGAUGAGUCUAUUAAUUCGGCUCGGCUCGCAUUUGAUGAAAUUGUGUCAUUGUAAAAGUUGUUGCCAUUUCAUACUGAAAAUUACUGUUCAGUUCUGACUGUAACAAUAUACGAACUUAAUCCUCUCUGUUCAUCUGGGUGAUUAUUAAUGGUCUACUAAACAUUAUCUCGUAUUCAAACUUUUCUUAGUUCGGUUCGACUAGGUUUCUUCGUUUUCGUGUCGACUUUGAUUCGAAUUAUUUAUUUACUUGAGCAAAUGGGCAUGUUAUGUCUGUCCGGCACACAUGGAAUAGUUUUCUGUUUCACACCAUUGUCGGAUUUUGAAUUGUAAGAAUGCAGCCAUGCAGCUUACACACAACUUACUUCUCAACUUUAUGGAAUUGUUUGGUGAAAGUCACUUAAAUUGCCAAAGCUCGAUGUCAUUUGCUGUACAUGAAUUUUUUAUCAUCAGUGUUACUAUUAGGGACCGACCACUGAUUUCAGCAGUUCAGCGAUGCAAGAUGGAAAUAAAACGUAUUUAAAUUUAUUCAGAACUGUGUAGUUUAUGGCCAGGACCAUUGCGCCAUUACUACUGAUAUUCCCAAUUCAAUGAACUGUUUCGCAAAAUAUGCUUCAUUUAUAUAUAGCCUUGUAUGUAGUAGCGAAUAAGAAACCCCAUUAUUGAAUCUCUUGGAAAUGCUAAUCAUUCGAAAAUGAAAUUUAUGUAAAUUGGUUUCUUAUUCCUCUCUCAUCUAAAUAUGGAAACACAUGAUGUUGGUGAAAGUUUUUUCGACAUAAAUAGAAAGUAAGGCUUUCAGAACAUUUUAUGGUUCAAUUAAUGAAUUAUCCAGAGUUUCAUCCCCACCGCAAGCAACAGACACUGACCAUAAUUCACUAACGAGACCAUUAUUCCAUUGCUGACAAAAAAAAACCAGCAGCAGCUAUAAGUGGAACGCCCACAAAAACCAAGUUUGACUCUCUCUGUCAAUGUUAGUAUAUGUGCAUACGGAAAUCGUCUUAAAAGUAGCGGAAAUGUUGAAUAUAUUUGAGGAAACGGACAGGAAAUUAGUCGUGAAAAAUUCAUUAAUUUUUAAUUUUUCCAAAAUUUCGGUUCCGUAGUUCGUUUCGCUAGAAUGAAUAAAAGCCAUUUCCGAGGCCAUUUCUUGAUAAUUUUUUUUUUUUUUUUGCUUUAUCCAAUUAGUCGUGAUGGUCUUUAUAAUGGAGUGUUACAAUUUUUUCGAUAUUAUGCGGUUGGAAAGCCUACAGUAUAUGUAGCUGAUAACAACUGUAAAUAUAACUUGUGAAUUAUCUACCACAAUCUUCAAAUCAAGUAAUUAUUCGCUAAUGAAAUGUUUGUUUUAAGUUCAAAUUCGAAACGUUAUACGAGCCAAAUUUUACGGUCGUUGAUGAAGAAGUUUAAAUGGAAAAUAUCGAUUCGAAUAACAAUUUCCUAUAUUAUAUACCAUUUCUUGAAGUGUAUUUUAAGUAGAAAAUCAUCUUCAAUAAUUAAUUGAUUUAUGGCGCGCGCGUUGGUUCAUUAUUAUUCCAAAAUUAAUUGAUAUUUGAUUGACUUUAUUGAAUUUUUAAAUUAUUUCUCCCUCUUUUAUGCUCCUCCUCUACUAUACAUCUCUCUAACAUUUCGUAUCAUACUUUUUUUUGUUUUGUUGAUGCGUGACAUGACUAUAAGCCCCAACCAAAAUGUUAAGUUAAAAGUUACAGUUAAUUAUUCCAUAAUUGAAUUAAGAGUUUUAUUUAAGAAAGUAAUUGUAAGCUAAAAUAACAGUGCGGGGUGUGUACGUUGUUACCUAUUUUAUUUGAUAGAUGAAAAGAUGUUUGAUGCUAUCGAUCAAUGUGUAUAAUGUCCCACUGAAACAUUUAUUGUUCGCCCGAGUUAAAUUCCAUCUAUAUAAAUAC